UUUGCUUAAGCUUUAUUUCUUUUCUUGGGUACAUACAUGGCUCAAAGAAUGUACAGUUGAUCCUUCCAUGCAUCCCCAGUGCAUGUCAUGUGUGGAAAAAAGGAAGAGCUAAAGUUGCAUCCUUACUGUGAAAAUCCACAGAAAGCCCAUUCCAUUAAUCAGCUUUUUAUCAGGACACUUACACUACCAGGACAUUUAUAAUCAUCCAGAUGCAGAGAUUGCUUUGGUACUUCUAUCUUUUUUUACUUAGAUAUCAUCUUACAAGCUCUAGCAUGAAGAUAGAGCUAUAAAGCAGCUGGAGAAUGGAAAAUAUGUGUUAAAGAUCAAAUAUGACAUGUUCAUCCUGGAUAGGAAUGUGCUUCUCCGUUAUACAACUGUUGUUCUGUAUUUUAACUGCAUUUACAAGACUUGUCUUGUUAUCUUCUUGGGACUUCACACUCCCAAGAUAAUUUGACACUCCCUCAGGCCAUAAAUUAUGGGCAUUUGCCUAUUGAAGUGUGAUUUACUAUUUUCAUAAAAAUGCCCAACCCUUACAUCCCGUGUUUAGCUGGAUAGAAGCUUCUUUGUGCCCCAAGACUUUAAAUUGUGAGCAGCCAUUUACUCACUGCUUUUACUUCUUUGGAUUGUGUUGUUCAAGGAUCUCGGUUCACUCCUCUCAUCAUGAAGAGUUUUGCUCUCCUUUUAUUAGUUGUCAUCUGUGGCAUGGGAGGACUGGCACAGAAGCUGAAGCCAAAGAAGAGAAGCAAUGGUGAAGAAAUCAAAUUUCGAACUAAAACCAAAGAUGUUUGCACAAUAACCACAAGUGGCGAUGAUGAGGAUAUGAAACUUAGAAUUGAAUGCAAAAGCCAAGGUUUGUCCUACUGGUGUGAAUUCACUGGCAAGCCAUCAGUCUGUCGUGCUUUCAGAAAUAACCCAAAGAUUUACUGGAAUCAGAUCGCUGCAGAGCUCAGAAAGGUCUCGCACGCUUGCGAAUCCAUGGAAGUGCUGAAGACCACCAUGUGCCAAAAGGCUCCCCCAGAGGCUCUCAUGAGGCAAAUAGCUGCUGGUAUGGAGGCAGAAGAUCUAGCAAACCAGGAAAAAUCAGUCCAGAAAGCUGCCAUUCCUCUGAGAGAAGAGGGGCAAAACUCUGACCCAACCCAACGUGGUCAAGGGUCUGAAAAUGAAACAGAAGCAAUGAAACUGGCACGGGAACACUGCUGGGAAUCUCUGCAUGGUGUCUGCUCCUACAUCAUUGGCAUCCUUAGGGGUUAAGGAUUUGCUUCAGGUAAAACUAAUCUGGAAGCACAGCAGAAUAUACCUAAGAGUAAUUCUGUUCUAUAAUUUUUUUUAUUUUGGGGGUCUCCAGGAUGUGGACAGGGAGGUGCUAAGUUUUCUUGCUAAAAUCUAACACGACAAGGCUUUUGAGGGGCUGGGCAGCUUAAAUUUCCAGUGAUCCAUAUUAGUUCAGGACUCCUGUACAGCCUCCUGGGAGGUCUUCAGUACAUACUGAGAUGUUUGCCCUAUCUGUUGUUAAU